AUGAUAAGAAAAGGCGUAUUCCGUUAUGCCUCACCUUUUGACAAAAUACUACUGCUUACUGGUUCUCUUGUUGCAAUGGCGACUGGCGUGGGAAUGCCCUUGAUGUCAAUCAUUAUGGCUAUUUGUUUUUUAACCGUAUGCGAAAAUUUGGUGAAUCAAUUACGACGGGAAUUCUUCAAAGCAAUCAUGCGACAAGAUAUCACAUGGUUUGACAAAAAUCAUUCCGGAACUCUUGCUACAAAGCUGUUUGAAGUAAAAGAAGGAACAGGAGACAAAUUGGGGCUGAUGAUUCAGUUCGUUGCACAGUUUUUUGGAGGAUUCAUAGUUGCAUUCACUUACGACUGGAAGUUGACGCUCAUUAUGAUGUCGUUGGCUCCAUUUAUGAUCAUCUGUGGAGCUUUCAUCGCUAAGCUUAUGGCAACCGCUGCUACAAGGGAAGCAAAGAAGUACGCUGUUGCAGGUGGAAUAGCUGAGGAAGUGCUCACCUCGAUGAGGACUUCCCUUUACAUUGGUCUCGGUCUUGCUCUAACCUUUGCCAUUAUGUUCUCCUCCUAUUGCCUCGCCUUUUGGGUUGGAACUGACUUCGUGUUCAAGAAUGAGAUGCAGGGAGGAACAGUUAUGACGGUGUUCUUCUCCGUAAUGAUGGGUUCGAUGGCUCUUGGACAAGCCGGUCCACAAUUUGCAGUUCUUGGUACAGCUAUGGGAGCUGCAGGAUCUCUGUACCAGAUUAUUGAUAGAGAACCUGAGAUCGACGCUUAUUCAACGGCUGGCAUUAAACCAUCAAAUCUUAAGGGAAAAAUCUCCGUUUCAAAUCUGAAAUUCACGUAUCCAUCAAGACCGGAUGUGCCAAUUCUCAAAGGCGUUUCGUUUGAAGCAAAUCCAGGCCAAACCAUAGCUCUGGUAGGAUCGAGUGGAUGUGGAAAAAGUACUAUCAUACAACUACUGCUUCGAUAUUAUGACCCUGCAGAUGGCAAGAUAACGAUAGACGGUGUUGAAAUUGACAAGAUCAAUAUCGAAUUUCUUAGAAAUUACAUUGCUGUAGUUUCGCAAGAGCCUGUGCUCUUCAACACAACAAUCGAGCAGAAUAUUCGUUACGGAAGGGAAAAUGUCACAGAAGCUGAAAUUACAGCAGCUUUACGCAAAGCGAACGCCUAUAAUUUUGUGCAAGGAUUUCCUGAUGCAUCUAAAGGUCGAACAACUAUUGUGAUUGCACAUCGGCUUUCUACUAUCCGUAAUGCAGAUAAAAUCAUCGCCAUGAAAGAUGGAGAGGUCGUCGAGGUUGGUACUCACGAUGAGUUGAUCUCUCGAAAAGGACUCUACCAUGAACUUGUGAACGCUCAAGUCUUUGCUGAUAUAGAUGAAAAAGGUGGAAAAUCUUUAAUACGAAACCGAUCUAUAUCAUCGCGACGAUCCAGUACGUCGUCUUUGGGUCAUCCUGAGCUAAAGGUAAAAUCUGGAAAAAGACCUUUGUCUGAAAGUUCGCCAACUCCUUCCAUUGCAGAGCUUGAGGAGGAAGGAGCCGUUAAAGCAAAUCUUUUCAAAAUCCUUAAGUACGCUCGUCCUGAAUGGCCUUUCCUUUUCCUUGCAGUAUGUUCUUCGGUAGUCCAAGGAUGUGUUUUUCCGGCAUUUUCACUCUUCUUUACCCAAAUCAUUGAGGUAUUUUCCAAGCCACCUGGAGAUCCAGAUCUAAAAUCUGAAGGCCAUUUCUGGGCGUUGAUGUUCCUCGUUUUAGGUGGAGUCGAAGCGGUUACUAUGAUUAUUCAGUGUUUCUUCUUUGGAAUGUCAGCCGAAAAAUUGACGAUGCGUUUGCGAUCAAAACCACCUGGAGAUCCGGAUCUAAAAUCUGAAGGCCAUUUCUGGGCGUUGAUGUUCCUCGUUCUAGGCGGAGUCGAAGCGGUUACUAUGAUUAUUCAGUGUUUCUUCUUUGGAAUGUCAGCCGAAAAAUUGACGAUGCGUUUGCGAUCAAAAGUAUUCCACAAUGUGAUGAGAAUGGAUGCCACCUAUUUUGAUAUGCCUCGUCAUUCACCAGGGAAAAUCACCACCCGAUUGGCCACAGAUGCUCCCAAUGUCAAAUCUGCAAUUGACUUCCGUUUGGGGUCCGUAUUCAACUCUUUCGUCUCAGUUUGCAGUGGCAUCGGUAUCGCUUUCUAUUAUGGUUGGCAAAUGGCUCUUUUGACGAUCGCGAUUUUCCCAUUAGCUGGUGUUGGACAAGCUAUCCAAAUGAAAUUCAUGUCUGGUCGAGCAGGUGGUGAUGCUAAGGAAAUGGAGAAUAGUGGAAAGAUCGCUAUGGAAGCUAUUGAAAACAUCCGUACUGUGCAAGCUCUGACUCUAGAACAUCGCCUGCAUCAUCAGUUCUGCCGCCAUUUGGACGGGCCUCACAAGACAAGCAGGCGGAGGGCAGUUAUGCAG